GGCUUAGAAAGUGGAAUGGUUGUUAGAAAUUGGGACCACCUCACGACUGUUACAGUAGCCAUGGACGACAUACAGAACGCCAUCAACGAGGGGCGGCAGGGCGGAGAGUCUGGGGAGAACGUGUGGCUUCCCUCGGCGCCUCAACUUUCCCCUGAGAAAACCCCUGAGGAGGCCCCGGCACAGUCCCCGCGAGGAGACGAGGCCACGACAGAGGCACUGGAGCAGAAGAGUACCACAGAGCAGAAGAUUCUCAUCUCUCGGUUCACGGUGAACAGGACUCCUGUCAGCUUCCCGGCAGGAGACGCCAAAGAGGUGACUUCCCACACUCCGCUCACUGUCGAGGAUCAUGAGGUAAUGGAAGGUAAAGGAACUCUUGCCUCUCCACACGCCACACCGGGAACUACCACAGUCACCAAUACCAUCUCCGCCCCACCCACCACCCCUACUACCCCCACCACCACCGCCUCACAAGCAACGAACACAGAGGAUGGAGAGAAGACAUUAGGAGUGGCCGGGACGCAGACUGUGGACAUGGAGCACCAGACGGGGGAGAAGGCCGCCACGACCGUAGCCUUGCUGCAGGAGGUGGUGAAAGAACUCAAGACGAUGCUUCCUCUCUCCCCCAGCAAGGAGAACCGGAAGUGCAGUCCCCUGGUGAAGCUGCGGCUGCACAAGUACUGCGCGUUUUGUUGUCUUGCUGUGGUGUUCUUAUGUCUCUUUGGCUUCUGCAUGUGGAUGCUCUCAACAUUAUCCUUCGAUGUUGCACGGCAACAUGAAAACCUGGACCCAAACUCUAUCGAUACUCUGGAAUGGUUGGAACAACAACAAAUACGCGAAAAGUCAGGAAUUUUGAGUAAAGAGGAAGUAUCUGGGUUAGCGGCGAAAGUUCCAGGAAAUGCAGAAAUCGAGGAAUCUUCAGACUCUCAGGAAAUGCAGAAACCGUCACUGUCUACUGAAGGAACCGAUACUGACGAAGUCGUGGAAUUAGUAGGUGAAGACAAACUUGAGACAAAGGCUGUGGAAUCAAUGGAAGACAAGCUGAUGGAGGAGGACACAGAAGACACCUCGCUGAGACCAGGUGGUAUCGAGCACCAGCAAUUAGAGGAUAUGGACAGUCAUACACUAGACGGCGAGGAGACGAGAAACGCUGUGGACAUCAGACCCAAAAUCCUUGGAUUUUGGGAGUGA